AUGUAUCAAUGUGUAAGUCUGUCUCUUUUUCUCACCGCCUACCACCACAUAAGUCUCCCUUUAUCCAACUCUGGUGGAAGGAACAUUUCUGAACCCAUUGUCCCUGUUCUUUCUUUUUCCAAAAAUGUAUUUGUUAUGGUUUUCCUCUCUCUUUCUGCGUCUCUCUCACUUUUUCUGCGUCUCUCUCUCCCCCUUUCUUUCUGCGUCUCUCUCUCUCUUUCUGCGUCUCUCUCUCUCUUUCUGCGUCUCUCUCUCUCUUUCUGCGUCUCUCUCUCUCUUUCUGCGUCUCUCUCUCUCCCUCUCUUUCUGCGUCUGUGUGUGUGUGUGUCUCUCUCUCUCUCUCUCCCCUUCCGGGUGUGCGUCUCUCUGCCUUGUCGUCCUUUUCAUCUCACCGUAUUUUCUAUCUUUUAUCCUUUUCCUCUUUCACAGCCAGUAUCGUUAUCUUCCAUUCAUCUUUGA